CGAGCGUUCACACUUGCUUCUGAGCAGACCACAUAUGAGCCACCAUCUUAUGGUAUUCCGUUUCAGGAAAGCAUUUAUUUGUGGCAGAAGACAGAACUUUUACUCCGAGCGCUCUAAUGUUAGUAUCCUAGUACUAUCUUAGUUAUACUAUCUAGAAUACGACCUACUUCAUCCCUAUCGUUCCUAAUCGUUAGAAUACCACUCAGUACAAGUGACUCCUAACUUCUUAGCACAUACUUCUACUAUCCAAAUUUUCAUUACUUUGACUGCAGUAUGUCCAACCACAGAAGAGAGAGAGUGCCACAAAUAAAUGCAUUCCGUUCCAGGAAACUCUCUCUUCUGUGGUAUUAUCUCGCUUCCGAAUGAAUGAGUGAAUGGCUUUUCCAGCUUAAAAUUUGAGUAUUGCCAUUCUCUCUCCUUUGUGCUUUAUCGUCUGUCCUAGAGCAAAACUAAGUAGAUGCGUCAAAACGAAGUAGAAUCCGUGUCCGUAUCUCCUUAAAUCAGUACGAAGUAAAACGCAGUAGAAAGCAAACGAAGUAGAAGCAAAACGAAGUAGAGUUUUAGUGCACUGGCAUGAGUGUGUGCAUUCGUUCACCCACUCGCCCACUGAGUCACUCACUCACUCUCGGCGUGACACGUAGAACCGGCACGCUGCUAAUGCUACUACUACUCCUACUAGCUCAUGCAGCGUCAAAAAGCUCUGACUUCUACAGAUCGCAUGUCCUCAAGUGCAAGGGGAAGAAACAAGAGGCAUAAUUAAAUCGACUUCUUUUACACCUCUAGGCUCGGGACGCGACUACUCCUAGUAGCUGGCCAUUUUGAAUAAGACUUGGUAGUCCCUCUGUGGCUGCACAUAUUCCCUCUGUGGCUACACAGGUCAAACUGUGGACGGCGAAUCAAGUCGUAUCCUAUCCUACAUGACUUUCACUGGCAGGCUUUUUAAGAGCUGCUUAGAGUGUAAUCCACUUCUUAAGUACUAGUGUGAUCCGCUUCUUAAGUACGACUAGUCUUAGAGUGUAAUCCACUUGUUAAACCCUGUUGCAGCAUUUCAAAAAGGUUGAGUUGUAGACUCUGCGAGAUCCUUUUUGUAAGUCUUUGGUCCUCUUCCUCGGUCAAAAUCAUUAAAAGUACUGCUCUGACUGGCCUCGUAGAUCCUUUAGCCACUUUUUUUUAUUUUACAGAUUUAUAGAUCUAGCAGAAGAUUUUUCCUCGUAAUAAACCUUAGACUUCUUCUUUUCCCCCUUGAUCUCCAUACCAGAUAGAUACUUCCUAACGCGUCUGUCCUCGCGUCACCUAAAAGGUCGCGCUAGGUAAAUGAGUAAAUGAAUUCAUAGACCUCCUCCUGCUCGCGAGCCACUGACUGGCCUCAUAGACUUCUAUCUUAGCCUCAGUCACGACCUAGUACCCUCUCCUAGACUUUCAUGUACUUCGCGCAUCAGCGAGACUUCUAUUACGAGAUGAGGGAAGCCAAGCAUCUUCUCGUGGUCGAUAGCAGCGAACCAUGCUCGAAGCUGGGGCUUUUAUUAUGGCUGCACAUCACUCAAGAACCUUGCGUCAGUUUAGUUUAAUUAACCUUACCUGUUAGUAUUUAGAAGUUUUAUUUCAAAUUAACUAUUAGUUAGUCUGCUGGUGUUAGUCUGCGGCAUUUGAUCUCUAAUAUUAUUUAGAAAUCAAACCUAUUAACGCGAGUUUCAGUUAGUUUGCUGCUCGAGUUCUAAUAUCUUGGCUGUUUAGAAGUACGAAAUCAAGUAAGUAAGUAUUGAUCAAGGUCGAGAUGCUCGGACGCCUCCACUAUCGGGCACAGAGCUUUGCUCCACAUCUAGGAUGAUGUACAGUUUGAAUGUUGUUUCAUCAAGUUCGAGAAGUACAAAUGAUCCUACUAUCAUGUUUCAAGUUUUUUGUAGAAGAGUAGUCUUUUGUAGAAGAGUAGAAAAAGGAGAGUAGUUGUAGAAGAGUAAUUCUAGAAGUAGUCUAAGGUCCAGUACCUGCUUUUAAUUCUAAGGCCUACGAGAUCGAGAUCAUCACCCGUGAAGUACUUCACUAGCGUACUCGCUACUACUAAUCUUCUCACGUGCCUCUUUAUUUGUCAAGUCGUUCCAGAAGUAGUCUAAGGUCCAGUGCCUGCUUUUGCUUAUAUCAAGUUCUAGAUCCAGUAGGUACAGAACGACGACAACCGUAAGUAGAUGAUACAUUUUCGUCGUUAUCAAGUAGGCACAUAAUACAUUUUCCUCUCUCAUACUCCGAGGACUGCUUAGCCACCGAUGUGUCUCAAUCCGAAAGGCCUCCCGAACUGAAGGCCUCGAUUGAAAAGGAGAAGGCCGAACUGGUAUGGUUGCUUAACGCUUUUCUCCCCCAUCUUUAUAAAGGGAGGCCAUCGAGGCUUCUUCUCUUGAUGAACUACAUACUCAAUAAUAUAGGGUACUCGAAGACUGAAAAUAUCCGAGUUACUGACUGAAAUAAGGGAGGUAGCUGAACAGCAAGGCUACUCUUCAUUCUCGUCAGUAUCUCGGUUAUUCUGCUCAGUUACUUGCUUAUUUCAGUUUUUCGAAUAAAUUUUACUCUGUGCAAGGUCUCCUGUACAGGUGUAUCAGCGCAGAUAUGUGUUUUGAACACUCACUCCGUGGCUUGACUUUUGUCUUUUACCUUAGAAAAGGUAUGCUUGUUGUAAUCCCAUUCGUGCGGGAGGACCUGCUCGAUGGUCUGUGUUUAGAGGGGAGAAAAGCGUCGCUUCCCACUGGCGCAGGAGGUUUCGAAACUCUGGGCCCAACUGCGUAACGGCUUCGGGAACGCGCUAGAUCCGCGACAGGUGUUUGCUCGUGCUCAACAAAUGCCCAAAAUUAUGAGGAGGCUAGCUAUCCUAUCAGAUUUAUUAAGAUAAUUUAUUUUAAGCUAAUUAUUUUGUUUUUGUUGGACCAUUCGAACACAGACUGCUAAGUCGCGCCUAGUUUCUCGGUGAGAAGCGCUUGAGUUUGAUACAGAUUGCACUAUUGCACUCACAGCCUGAGACUAAUGGUCUCCGGCUGCUUUGAUCCCUGUGGAUAUUCAUUGGGGCUGCAAGGAGGAAGUCCCAGCUUCUUCAGUGGGGUACCGUGAUGCGUGGGGAAGCUUUCAUAUGCUUCAUAUGGGAACACCUAUGCUAUCGCCAUUGAUUCACACGAUCGCCCUACAUCGAUACCCAUCAUUGAUCAGAACUGACAAGACGUUACGAACCUGAUUACAGCUAUGGACAUUCGCUAUUUCUACUGUCUGAAUCCGUUGAAGGUCCUUUGCCUGUUGAUCAUUGAUUUUGGAACCCUAUGCGUUUAGGUCUGUAAGUUAUCUUGGAGAUCUUUCCGGUGUUGCUUUGUCCUUGACUGUGUUGGGAGGCUUGAGCCACAUACGAGAGAGAGAGGAGAAGCCAGAGACGCCCGCGCGACGGUAAACCCGUCGGGCGUUUGGAUGGUGCUCCGGUAACCUUUUGCCUGGCGAUCUUGGUCAUUUCGUUGAUCUUCAUGCGUCUGAUCUUUGUGACAUUUCACGACUAUGACCUUGGCCAACAGUUUUUCAUUGCUGUCUUUUUAGUUGUAGUAGAUAAGAAUAUACUUGAUAGAUAAACCUUUCCUUUUUCCGGUUUUUGCUUUUUCUAGUUAGUUGCUCCACCACAAGAAAAGAAUAAUAUGUUAUUAGGCAGCGAGCCUCUCUUUAGUUGAUUCUUUCACUCGUUUCUUUUGUCUAGCUAUAGGGCUCUGCCGGAAGUACUAUUGAGGCUAGUUUUCCAGCUUAUCAAUAAUCCAUCCUCCUUUUCGUCUUUUCCUUUUCGUUUUUUCUACUUGAACUCACUAGAGUUUCUUUCCCAAAGGGAAAAGAGAUUAAGAAGCCUCACAACUAAGAAGCGCGUCUCAACAUCAUAAGUGAUUGGCUUGAUAAAGUGGGCGAAGAAAAUGGGGAACUAAGUGUCGUGUGGACGCAAGGGGGCAUCCCACUAAAAACUUGAUCAAAUAUUCAAACUAUACAUAUCAGGCGUGCGGCAGGUCUGUCACUCAACCAGCUUCGUCUUGCGAGUAAGAAGCUUAGGAGGACUACUUGCGACGCGCUGAUGAUGAUAGUUAGUGAAAAACUUAAACUAGCGCUACCAUCCUAAACAAGAGUUCGCUACUGUGACAAGAUCCCAUGCCCGUUGUUCUGUUCGAAACUUACUAGGCAAGAGUUUGCCACUGAGGACGAUCCUGGAUCAGUGGGCAAGGGUUCGUUACUGUAGAAAUAACUAGAGCUUAUAAAUCUGGAUAACUUCUAUACCUCACGACUCGGCACACGACUACAACUAACAGUAGGCAAGGCGCCGGUGAUGUGCCACAGGAUCGAUUGGGACUCGUUCGGCGGGAGAAGGAACUACGGACCGAGGCUCAGGAAAUGCUCAACGAGCUUUGCGUAUGGAGCGAAGAUGCACCAGCCCAGGAAGAUUAAGAUGAAUAGGAUUUUUUUUGACGUUCUUUUUUGUUGUACCCCUGAAUCUGAAUCUACCACUGCCUCUACUGCUACUCUCACUAUGUGUACUUCUGGAUUGGGUGUACUACUAAGCUCUCAUUUCCAGCAGUUUACGCGCGGCUACCUACUACUAAUCUGCUGUGCAGGGGUCUUUAUUAAUGUUAUCCUCAGUGGCUGUUGGUUCUUGGAAAAAGUCUCCCUUUCAUGAAGCAUGGUGGAACAAAGCCUACCCAGUCCUAGCGCUAUGGUGCCACUCUUUGAGAGCAAAGACAAACAUAUGGGAAUGCCGUUCCACCUAAGUAAGUAGGAGGGCCACCUAAGUAAGAUGGAGAACAUGUCGUCCCACCUAAGUAAGUGGGAGGGCCACAAAAGUAAGGGGAACAACUUCUGUCGUUAUUCCCAGAAUUGUAGAGCUUUUUGCCCCUCUUCAAGCAUGCGGUAAAUUUUUUGUUCGCUUGCUAUUCUCAUAUAGCAUUCCAAUAGGGGAACAACUAUGAUAUGCGAAUAAUGUGGACUCAGUCGGUGGCAUCUAAUUAGAGAUGCUACACCCCGCGCAUGGGUACAUCUGUCAGUCAGUCAAUCAAGGAACCAGUCAAGCUGUCUCAAUCAGUCAGGGGAACGACAGUCCAAGUCAAAAAAACGACAUUCCCAUAAAUAUAUCGACAGAAGACGUUUUCUUCUCAUGAGAGUGGCACCAUUCAUUAGAAAAUAGGAACAAAAAUUUGAAAGAAGGGCGCGGGCAUUAAGGCUACCGCUCCUGUAAAGUAUCUUGUAUAAGAAACCAUGACCCUUGACUCUUCUUCUUCUAUAGUAUUACCAAGAAUAUAUAGAAGAAGAAGAGUCAAGGGUCAUGGUUUCUUAUAGGCUCCAGCACUCAAAGGAUGCCAUGACUCUCAAAGUUGUCUACUUUGAAAGUACUUUUAAGUGCUUGGUCUCAAUUCAAAUCACGACUGUUAUUUGACAGUAUAAGGAAAGAUGCGAAUUAUGGGCGGUAGCUCUAAGGAGAGAGACUAGUGGUGGAUCUGUUUCGUGGCCUCCGCGUCCUACAUCAGCUGGCAUUGGCAUCGCGAAACUGCCAACACCUGUUCACCGCCUUGGGGUUGGGAAUACCACGAGAAUUAAGGCAUUAAAAAGUACCAAAAAUAGAGGACUUAAAAGCGGACAACUUGCUAACGCACUUCUUUUCUGCCCCAUAAUUGGGCACACUACUACUACUACUGCUGCUACUACUACUGCUAUCCCCCAUGAGUGGGCACGCCAGUCAACUAUUCAACCGCUGUAAGCAGGGAUGAAGUUAAAAGGUGGAAUGAAGCUAAGUGCCGCGACUAAGUAGGAAUGAAGUUUUUACAAGGUGGAAUGAAACUAAGUGCCACUAAGUUAGUAGGAAUGAAACUACCACUUCUAUUUAGAAAUAUUUAUGGUCCGAAUGUUGAAAGGCUUAACUACCAUAAAGUAGGAGUGAAACUACGUCUAUUAUUGAAAGGUAAACUUUUGAAAUAUGAAGUACUUACGUUUGAAAGUACUUACUUUUGAAAUGAGUACGUUCUUAUUCUUACUUUGAAAGUGCUUACUUUUGAAAUGAGUACUUUCUUGCUUUUGAAGCGAGUAAUGUCUUGCUUUUGAAAGGAGUACUUCCUUACUUUUGAAAAAAGUACUUUUGAAUAGUAUGCUUGAAAUUUCUAGGAUCGAGGCAAGCUUGAUCAACUGGUAAGUGACGUACUGAGUUGAAACUUGUAGUACUAUCCUUCCAGUGCUUCGUUCCUGGGGGGGCAGUAAUUUUUGCUCCUCUUUGCAUUUGGAGUUUUGACCACCUCAGGGAUGUGACUCGUCACGCAGACGUGAACGCGGUGGAACAUCUAAUAGUAGGAAUACUAAGAGUAGUAUGUCUGUAUGAAUAGGAGCGCUAUAGUUGCCACUACGUGUUGAUAGGUCGAAGAUACCCGCGCUCUUGAUAAGUCUAAUAGUCUUCAUAAGUAGAUAAUCUCUUGAAGCGUGGAUAAGCCGAAGAUACCCGCUCUCGUCUUGAUAAGUCUGUUAUUUCUAUGUAAAGAAUGGAAGCGACCGGUUACCUCUUUCCUGGUAGUAAACCUUAGCCUUCCUUCGUGGUACUAUGUAGGAUCCUUUCAUAUUACUACACAACCCCAUCUACUAAUAUUUGUUCCUUCGUAUGUAGUAGUCUACAAGAAGUUCAUAGUUCUACAAAUGAUCAGCAGCCUAACUUAGCAACCUCUAAUUAAAAGAUCUUACACCCCGUGAGUGGGUACAUCUAUCUAUCUAUCUAUCUAUCUAGCUAUCUAUGUCUGCUAGGAAAUCUAGUAGGCGAGCCAGCUCCUAUCCUAUCCUAGUUUCUAAUUCUACUCGCUCAUGAAGAAACGCGCCCAGGGCUGGCAGGGCUGAUCUUCGUAACCUGGCGCACGCUGAAAUUGGACCAAGACGACAUGCUACGAUACCUGAAAGGUGCGCUUCCGAUGAUAUGCCAAGGGGCUGCUGGCGGGGGCCUAAUGGACGCUCCUAGCGAACAGCUCACUUCCUGCAUGAAGACACUGUUCUACAGCGUUAAGAAAAUAGGGUUGAGAUUUGAUCACCUUGAAUAAUAAAAUUAGAACCAGAAAAAGGAGAAAUUCUGUCUAAGAUUUUCUGUCUAAGAUUCUGAUGAAUUAGCUUCUCUGAUUUAAUGUUGCGUCUGCUUCCAAUAUUGUCGAAGAAAAAUAAACGGAAUGGAGCUCCUCUGUCGACGGCAAUCUUCUAUCCUAAAUUUAGGUAAUUAGCGCCCUUGUACCAACGUCCUUAGUGACAGAUGGUAAGGGCGCCGCGCGCGCGACACACGCGCGGGGCGAUAGGGUCACGCGCGAGCAUACCAGUAAUAAUGAUAAUUGGUUUUUUCCUUUUCUCGCUCUCUUUUUGUCGAAGCCGCUCCAAGCUGUAGAUGCAGAAGCAAGAGAAAUAAAAUGCUUUAACUGCGAAGUAGGUUACUGCCUGAGCACUUAUGCUCUUUCCUGCGUAGUGUAACGCUACUUCUACAUAGACGCGCAGGGGUAUAAAAGAGGUUCCAUGACAUUGCAUGGCGUGACAGCUUAGUGCGUAGCUUCGGCUGUAGUUCGUCGCUGAAUCUCUUUCGUCUUGCCGGUAGUUUAGGAUGACUACUUGCGACGCAAUGGCGACAAUGAUUAGGGCCUGGCCUCAACGCUUAUCGCGGCUUCUCGUCCGGUAAUUAAAUGCAACCAAAAAAAGACCGAAAAGACCUAAACUCACACAUGCGUCUUUCGCGGCCUUCUUUCUUUGGGCUGUAUCCCUUCUGCCGAUUCGGUGCUCCAUGCGCAGGGCUGAGCUUAAAGUCACCACGCACAUGGCUUUUGGGACUCAAAUGAAGAGAAGCCACGCACAUAGAUACCCAAGAAGAAAAGCCACGCACAUGGGGGGAGCCCAUGGCGUACGCACAUGGCGUGAACUUGCGGUCUAGUUUUCAAAGCCACGUGCAUGAGAGGAACCCAUGGUCGAAUAUUCUCUAAUAUCUCCGAAAGUAGUGUGGAAUGGAAUUCGAUGGAAGCAGUUCGCGACAUCACCCUCAAUUUAAGGCACUCCGGACACUCACUACCAUAGUUUUUUUACUAGGGUCUAAUGCUCAUGCUCACGCUCACCAAGUAGUGUCAGUUUGAGUAGGUGCUGCUAAUUUUGGUCUUUGUGCGUCGAAUUAUCCUGCGAACUCGGUACUUAAUCGCGGCACUCGGUUUGGCGACUCUCUUGCCGGCAGACCGCCUAACCUUAAGGACGAGGGACCAAUGUUGUAUGUAAAGAGGCGGCUUCUUUUAUUGUGUUUUCAACGUCCCACUCGGGCGGUAGCCACGAACCAUAAGAAGGCCUCCUUGGGACUAUACGCCGAAGCGGAGCAGUCACCUUGAGUGGCGGCGAAGCAGAGGCGCCCUACCUUAUUCUAUCCGAAGGAAAUUCAAGUCAGGUAAAGAGGGGAGAUACAACCGAAAAAGGCACAAAGGAGGACAAAGCAACCUAGUCCUACAACCACCUCUAGGGUAGGCACAAUCACCACCAUCCCCCUCACCCUCAUCACCAGGGAAGAGGAGAAACGCUAGCGGCUGGCGUGGUAGAUCAAUGAUGCAAAUGAAGAAUAUUCUUCAAUAUCUCUACUUAGUGAUUGGUUACUUAGUAGAGCCGCGCGUUUGCAACUCUCUCCACACUUUAUUGAUAGAAGCACCCUGCCGACAAAUAUAUAUGUGCUUGCUCGUGGUCGUGUGACCGAGAAGCAGCUAAGCAUAUCGUACGUGACUGAGGUUGAUGUACGUGACUGAGCAGCGAGUUUUUUAGCUGUAGCUGAUGCCUGUGGGGAAAGUGUCUGAUUCAUUAAUGUUGCCAUCGGAAACAAAGAACCUACGCUUUUUGCUAGUGUGUGGCACGGUGUGACGAAGUACUAGAAGAAGAGUACAACAGCAACUACUAUUGCUUAUAAUUAUCUGAGAAGUGCUAGUAUUUCGUUAGUACAAGUAGAGUACAACAUUUAGUCCGCUGUGACCAUCCCCACGGCGUUCCCUUGAUAAUUUGAAUUUAAAUCGAAAUCUCUUAGGAGGUGUUCUCGUUCGUCGCUCCAUAGUCAGAUGUCCAGGAAAAAAAGGACACUCACCACUUUGCGAGGGGAACUAAUGUCACAAGGGAGCCGCUGUGGCUCCUCAGUUUUUUUUUCAAUCUCGUCUCCGAAGGCCGAGAUGGGGCGCCCGAGAUGGAUUCCGAUUCGCGCGCAUUCUAAUAAGACUUGCCGAAAAUACGGGUUAUGGCUCUCUGGUUGUUGUAGUUCUACAAGUAGUAGUAACGCCUACUUUCGCAUAGUUAUCCCUUGCAUUCCUUUGGGGGGCGUCAGCGUUUGGUAGUUAUAUAUGUACCAGGGAGGGGGCCCCCCUGUGGAUGGAGCGGCGGUGGCGUCCGCGCGCCCUUUUUUCCGCGGUGGUGACAUGUAAGGACUGCCGGGGGCGAAGACCCCAAAAGGCGGGGCCGGAGUCCCCUAGCGGCUCUCCGCGUGUACCCAACAGGCGUCCCGACUCUUGGCCCUUGCCAGGGGGACGGCCUGCGGAGGAAACAGGCCGGGCCUCGCGGCGGCCACCUCCCAAAGGGGUCAAGCCUUGCCACUCCGGUCCUCGGAGGCCUUCCAGCUCCCAAAAAGCUCCCGCAGUGAGGAGCCCGCACGCGGGAGGCCGGUAGGGUACAUGCAACACGGCAAGGGGGUCCCGCCUUGCCACCUUUGCCAGGUCUGUAGGUGACACGCAACACGGCAAGGGGGCCCAGCCUUGCCGCCUUCCCUAGGUCUGUCGGGUACAUGCAACACGGCAAGGCGGUCCGGCCUUGCCACCUUCGCCCGGUCGGUAGGCUACAUGCAGCGCGGCAAGGGGGUCCAGCCUUUCCACCUUUGCCACCUUCGGAUGGUUUCCGCCCCCGGCCUUCGGUGCUUCAACGGCCUCCGGGAUGGUGUCUCUGUAGGGUCCAGGCAAGAAGCGGGAAGGGGUCAGAGCGCUCGGGGACCUUCCUGCCCGGCAGUCCCUCGGGGGAAAGGGUCCGGGGCUGGAGGCCCCCCGCUCAAAAAGUUAGAUCGGGGUGGCCUUCAGCCCCGAGCCCUGGAACAUAUAAUAGCGACUGACUUUUAGCACCCCUCCUCCUGGAGACGCAUCGAUGGUGAAGAGAAUACCGCAAGCAGCUUGAUUUUGUCGCAUUGCGUGCUGCAGCUCUUGAGCAGGUUGCCAGAGUCGUCAAUAGGUACAUUGCAGUGCUGCCGAUCGUCUUCUCAGAAAGAGAGGCCCUUCCCAUUUCACUCGCUUUCUAGUUUCUUUGGGUUUCUAAGGUAGUUGAGAAGGGUCUUAUAGAUAUACAACAAACCGAGCACUUCUCUGAGGUAUGCACAGGCCUCGGCCGCCUUAGAUGAGAAGACCCCCAGGGCAGGCGGACGACAUGCGGCGCCUAUAAUAGCUGGAUCUGAUUAGAUUAACAUCGGCGCCAUUAGUUUACUUUUUAACCUAUAAUAUAGGUUAUUAAUGUUGCACCUUUAAUUAUUGACUUUCUUCUUUUUUGAGGUUGGCUCCAGCACUACUUUACAAUACACCUAGUCGCGCCACUAUCUGUUUAUGCUAUGUAUCUGUGGUGGUGUCCUUGGGAUGCGCGCUCCAUAGCUCAGGCGUUUGCCUAGUCCUCUCCUUAGUUAGUCUUUUGCUUAGUCUUCUGCCUAGUCGUUUCCCUAGUCGUUUGAUAGUCGUGUGACAGAGAUUGCUGCCGUGCUUAGUCGUUUGCUUGGUGUUACUGCCUGGCCGUCGUGCUCUAGGAUUCUCGCGGGGUAGGGAGGCGAAAGUAGUAGACCCAGGCCCCAAAAUGCCUGGCGGAUGGGUGAAUGCGCUAAAGUACACACGCCGCGGCGGAGUGCAGGCCAGGCGAUUGGGAACACGCUCUCGACCAUUUCCUGGAGGAUGGGAAGAGUUAUGGCGCCUGCUUUAGGCCACUGAGGAGACGCUAGGCUUUAUGCCUAGGUAGCAGAAGCUAGUGCGUAGUAGAUAGUUGGCAUUUUCUUUUGUGGUUGUAGUUGAUUCUUUCACCCGUUUCUUUUUUCAGGUUAGGGCGCUUUGGGUUCCUACUACCACUUUGAGACUGUACACACCUACGGGAUCUUCUACACAUAGCGGAUAUUUCGCUGACGCUGAUUUCAUUGUUCGUUAAGUGUUGCUACCACUACAGUCCAUGGGUAUUAGUAGGCCCUACGGCGCAUUUCGGUGCAUCGAGUACUUGUUCAAUUUGGGGUGGUUCUACGGUGAGGGGAUCGCGCCACACUGCAUACUUGAUGGUCUGUUGGUCGUGCUGCGUCUAUCAUCAUCAAGAAGAAGGCGCUUGCCGUUUUCUCAGGUGCUUCUGUUUAAAGGUAGGCCUUUGGUGCUUCUGUUGCUUUUUGUCUUGAUUGUCCUGAGGGCGGAGAGCAUAACAAACGGGAAACAGAAACACCAAGACCCUGCGUCUAGCGCUGCUCUUUUUGUUCUUUUUCUGAAAGACAGAGGGCGGCUGUUUUUGGGCGCAGGAGAGUGGCCCUCGCUCUCUACUGUUUUUGAGAAACUUUCUCGAGGGAUAAGAUAACUACGGCGACCACGGUGGACUUGCUAAGGAAGGGUCUCGUCCUCUUCUCUGUUUUUUAGGUAGGUAGAGGGGCGGGGGCUUCUCGCUCUUUUUUCUCGUCGCUUGUAUCUCUUGGGAACUCAAGCCCAUUCGCGUCCAGCAUCUUGCGCGAGUCCGUCACCCUUUUCCAAAGGGGGUGGCAGAUGGCAGUAGAGAUUAUGGCCGAAGGCGCGACUUGGCUGCGCGACUCUCUUCGGGGCAUAUCUUGGGGGGGCUGGCUGCGGAGGGUCCCGAAGCUAACCCGGCCCAGCCUAGCACGCUUUGAAUCUUUUCCCUUGCCACCCGUGUUUCCUUGCCCCUGGGAUUUCCCCGUCUCCGGCGCUUCCUCGCCUUCGGUGUUUCGUUGCCCCUGGGAUUCCCCCGUGUCCGGCGCAUCCUCGCCUCCGGUGUUCCUUUGACUCCGGGGCUUCCUCGCCCCCGGCGUUUCCUGCGCGCCGGUGGCGUUUCUUUGGCGCCGGGGUUCCCUAUAGCAUCAGGCAGGUUCCGUUGCUCCUUACACCGAUACCAAAAGAGAGCGCUUCCUACUUCUCUCGCUUUACUCCUCUCAGCUUGUUUUUUAGACAGGUCCGCUUACUGGUGCUACCAGUCUUUUUCUCUAAGGCAGUUGGGAGAAGCAGCAAGCAGAAAUUGCUGGCGUGGGACAGACUUUCGAUGAGGCGCGCACCCGGCACUUUGCUGCGCAGGGCAUGCUGAAGCUUUAUGAACCCUGCCGGAUGGGUGAGUGAAUAAGUGGCGCACUGAAUAAUCACCAGGGGCGUCUUGGCUGGUUGAUAGAGUGGGCAUGAUGGUGAUGGGGUAUCGAGAUGCGGGCCUCGUCACGUUCUGAGGAAUCGCAAAGACCUAAGACACCACUGCCAGGGGGGCCCUGUCCAUCCGCAGAAUGUUUAUUGUUUUCCACGAUGUGGAAUCCUUGGCCGGCGAGUUAGUGCCAUGCACUGCCUGGGGCUCUGACUCAGUGAAGGCAUAUAGAUGCUAAAUGGCUUCUGUUCUGGGAUGUAAACUAGGCCACGGGGCUGCAGCGUGACACGGCCGCGCCUCAGCCUCAAGGCCAACCACGAGAGACCAAAACCUGGGCCACCGCCUCCCAGAGACUGGAAGAAUGCAACGAACACAGAGGCACACCGACACGCGCGGGCGGGGGGGCCAGACGGCACACAGCACUGGCGCCAAAGAAAACGGCACGGGGGAGAGCCGGCGAGGGCAAGGCCCAACCGCGCAGGCCUUUGGCUGGCGGCCCCGGGCCUGCGGGUGCGAUUAAUCGCGACCGGGGGGGACCUUGGUCGCCGGGCUGCAAACCAGGGGCGCAGGAGUGCCGGGGCGGGAGGUGCUGCGGGCGCCGGCAUGUCUUUGAAGGGCCAGGGCCGGCGACAGCGUCGCGGGCGCAGCUCUCCGGGGGCGGGGUGUGUUGUGGGUUCUCGUGCCCCUCCGAGGGCUUGCUUGCUAGAGCUGCGGCCCCAGGGCUUCCGGGGACACUCGGGGCGCCAGGGCACCCGCGACCCGACAAGGGAAACAGGGGCUGCGGCGACGCGCGUAGGGAGCUGCUUGGCCUUUUUGCGGCCCCUCUGUGCCCAAAGGUAGGGCACAAAAGCCGCGGAGCCUAUGGAAGAGGCUGAUGCGUGCCGGGGUUCUCCGGGUGGCUUAGCCUUUUUACACGCAUACAAGGACGCACGCGCUUGCUCUAAGGUUGUAGUGAUCAGGAGGCUCGAGAUUACCGCGAAAAGCUGUUGCUGCUGGAGAAAAGAGUCCUGAACGCCGAGGGCGUUGCCACAUGCGCACGCGCGAAGGAAGGCGAUCCUGAAAAGUUGGCAGCGAUUGCGAACCUAAGCAUGGAGAGCUCUCUUUUCAAUAGAUGUAUAAGUGUGAUCUUGUGUUCGUUGUCUACUAUGGGUUGCAUUUUUGUAAGGAGAAGACCUCCACUAUCACAGGCGACUAGAGGACAAUCUUCACGCCAGACCACUCGCACAGUUUGCGGGGGUGUAAGGUAUGAGGCUUACGGCUAAUUAUUGAUGCUGGCGGACUAUGGGGGCAAGAAGACGUGAGCUUUAAGCAGGGCCGGCAAACAAUACAUCCUCCAGCAUUGCCGCCUCUCACUGCCCUCGCUACUAGUAGUCUUGGGGCUCCCCCUCGGUGUCUAGUGCUGUAUUACGUCUAUUUUUCGGAAAAGCAUGCCCGCGCCAGGUCGGCUCAGCACUGCGCGAAAACGGCCGAAAUUGCCUCCACACCGCUGCGGGGCCAAAAGCCCCUCGUAGCAGCGGCCCUGGGUUGUCGUUUGUCGGUUCGUGUGUCUUUUUCUUCGCGUCCCCUUUUUACCUGCGCCCCACCCUCCAGGGCCCAGGGCGGCAGAGGGCGAACGCGUGCGGGGGGCUGUAGAGGGGCGCGGGGAUCCCCACGACGCCUGGAAGGCUGCGCCGGCAAAUGGGAGAGGGAAUUUUUCGAGCGGCGACAGUGUGCGGGCGCCGUCUUUGGGGUUUUCUUGUUGCCGGGUAGGGUUGAAACGCCUCCGGACUUUUGAAGGCCUCCGCUGGUUUUUCUCCAUAGGAUAGAAUAGCGGACACCUCUCGCGCUUUUUUCAUAGGUAGGCGCCGCAGUGCGUCGGCGUCGGCAGUUUUUGCGAAUAUAGGAGGACACCAACUAACUGCCCUCAUGGCCAUGCGCAGGGCAUUGCUGUAUGCAUGCGAUACCCUCCCCACCCUCCGCCAGCUGCGUUUUGCUAAGAGGUGGGCGGAAAGAAGUCCAAGCGCGCCCAUACCGAGACUCGGAACUCAUUCCGCCACACCUUGCGAAAACUCUUGGCCCAAUCUUUCUAGUCCAAAUGUGAAGCGGGUGAAGCCUCCCUCUCCGUGCGGAAGCUGUGCGAGCGGUCUCUUCCGCGUCUGCGAUGACUCAAAGUCAGAAAUUGCGUCGCCAGGAAUUGUAGGCCUAUCAUGGAAGGGAAAACGGGCUUUGCGCUUCUGAUCAGAGUCGAUCAGUGGCCGUCUGUGUACGGUUGUAAGCUUUUUAGAGCUGGCGCGAAAACAUUAACGGCCACACCGGUGGACGGGGGAGAGCGCUGUAGCCUUAUCGAAAAAAACACCAUGAGGGACCCCCAGUGGGCCGUGGGUUCUCUUGCUAGCGGUAAAGUAGAGACAGGGGGGGUUUUUGCGUUGCAGGAGGAUGUAGUCGCUUAGCACCCUUUAACAUUGUGAAGAGGCGCGCAGCGGUUAAGCUCAAGCUUGAAUUGCUGAGGCAAGAGCCGACCAACAGCAGGCUAGAGGGGAGCCGUAAUGUAUGCUAUCAGGAUGCCUUGGUAAGUAACAUUAGCUCUUAGGAGGUCCUCCCCUUAUUAAUGAAUGAAUUAACAUUUUUUUUUGCGACCUCUUUAUUUUUUCAUACCUCCGCAGAAGCCUCUUGAGGCUUUUUCGCGACGGACAUGAUUUCGAAAUUUGAAUUAACUUGUUUUUGAAGAUAUGCAGCACCUGGUCUGGUGAGCGCCUAGCGGUCUGGUGAAAUUCAUAGGUCGCGAAGCCAUACGGCCUGAGCGUGAAGAAGGGCAAUAAAAAAAUUGACCAGGCACUCCAGAUUUUCAAAAAAAUGACAUAGCUUCACGCCCUAAGGAAGUAGCUUAGUUUUUAGUGCCUUGCCGUCGUGCUUCGGGAUUCUCUGGGGGUGGGGUUCGAGAAAGCAAAACUGUGCACUAAAAAAAAACCUCUAGGGAAGGCAUCUCUAGGUGUUCAUAUUGUUCCCUCAUCAUAGGUUAGUCCCCUCACAGCCCAGUCCCCUACACAGUUUGCACUCUACUAAUCGAAAACUGGAAAUAAGCGAGUAGCUACCUGAAGUUAGAGGGUUGCUACGCUGUUCCCCUUUCAGUACCUCGGUUAUUCAAAGUAGCAGCUUGCUUAUUUCAGUUUUUCGAAGUAGAAGCACUGACUUCGAAGCGUCCUCGGUGCACCUCAUCAAAAUUCAUAUGUCGCGAAGCCAUACGGCCUGAGCCUGGAGGAGGCUACUUCUGCGGAGGGGUUAGCCAUCACCGAGUGGCACCUGAGCAACAAUUAAGGCAUACUGGGUACAGUGCUACAACUAAGAAGUACUAGCAAGAAGAACAGCGUCUCUCUGUAGCGAUUGGAGGUCUAUGCUGUAUAGAUACAUGCCCAGAAAGCGGGCCCAUCAAGGGCCCGCUGCGCUGGGCAUAGGUUAACAACUAGACAGGUUGACUACUAAGAGACAGAAAGACAAACGAAAAAAGUCGCCAAGUCUGCUCGCCAAGGCUGGAGGAGGUUACCGCUAUGGCUACUGCCUUGGCCAACUUGCUUGCUAGGGGCAAGCCAAUGGGCGCCAAGGCUGGCCCGCUGAGCGUCAUGGAGUCCAUGAGAAGGCCACGCUUGGACAUAUGUAGGCACAGAGGUUGGGCCCUUUUGAGUGUGAUCAUGUCCAGGAGAAUCGUAAAGCAUAGCAUACCCAUGGGAUGGCAAAAGGCUGACACUGGCGAGCGUCAUGGACGAGGCCCAUGAGAAAGCCACGCUUGGGCAUAUCUAUGCGCAGAGCCAGAAGCUGGGCCCCAACCUUCAGGCGCGGGGAUGUGUCUAUAAGGUUGGCUGUUUCAUGGACAUGACGCAAGACGCCCACCACGGUCCGCGCCUCAGACAUGCAAUGGCCCACAGUUAUCAUUCUCACACACAGGCAUCGACAUCCCCAGCCUUCAGCCUUCACCGACGGAGAUGCAUGCGCCUGGCCUUCUCAUGGACAUGAUGACGCCCGCCAGGGUCCACCCUUAUCCACUUUCUCACAGACAUCGACAUCCUCAACGGCUUCGACUUUCACAGGCAAAUCUGUAUACCUUUGGCCUUCUCAUGGAUAUGAUGACGCCCACCAGGGUCCACCCUUCAGACACGCAAGUGCUCAAGGCUAUCACUCUCACAGACAUCGACAUCCUCAACGGCUUCGACUUUCAAGCACAGAGAUGUACAUCUUUGGCCUCCUCAUGGAUAUGAUGACGCUCACCAGGGUCCACCCUACCUUCAGACAUGCAAGUCCUCACGGCUAUCAUUCUCACAGACAUCGACAUCCUCAACGGCUUCGACUUUCACACACACAGAUGUACAUCCUUGGCCUUCUCAUGGAUAUGAUGAUGCUCACCAGGGUCCACCCUUCAGACAUGCAAGUCCUCGCGGCUAUCAUUCUCACAGACAUCGAUAUCCUCAACGGCUUCGACUUUCAAGCACGGAUAUGUAUACCUUUGGCCUUCUCAUGGAUAUGAUGACGCCCACCAAGGUCCACCCUUCUGACAUGCAAGUCCUCACGGCUAUCAUUCUCACAGACAUCGACAUCCUCAGCGGCUUCGACUUUCAUGCACAGCGAUGCAUACCUUUGGCCUUCUCAUGGAUAUGGUGACGCUCACCAGGGUCCACCCUUCAGACAUGCAAGUCCUCACGGCUAUCAUUCUCACAGACAUCAACAUCCUCAACGGCUUCGACUUUCACAGGCAAAGUUGCACACCUACACCUUUGGCCUUCUCAUGGAUAUGAUGAUGCUCACCAGGGUCCACCCUUCAGACACGCAAGUGCUCACGGCUAUCAUUCUCACAGCCAUCGACAUCCCCAACGGCUGCGACUUUGAAGCGCCGAGAUGUAUGUCUUUGGCCUUCUCGCGAAUCAAUAUGAUCACGCUCGUCAGCCUCUACCCUUUCAAGUGCUCACCCUCUCCCUUACAAUUCUCCCGCUCUUUUGCUGGUUAGAAGUAUACUGGUUAACCAUCUCCAAGGGCUGCCGCGCGCUCCUGUGCCGUGGUCGAUUGCUGUGCGCGGAAGGUAGUCGCGGAAGGGGAGCGAGCUAACUUUUUUCCAAAAACUUCGGGGAGGUCGUUCAGUUUUCUCUAUAUUUGAAUGACCUCCCUGAAGUCUUUGGAAAAAAGUAAAGGCGUUGGGCGAUAUAUGACAAGGGUAGCUAGCGGCUGGCAGUUCGUUGGGGCGAUUCGCUAGGGGUGGGCGCGUAGUGUCUUACUGCAGAUGUGGCUGGUGUACGUGAGUAGCCUACAAACUAACAGCCGCGAACACGUUAGCACGUUCUUGACACCUUUGGACUCGUAGUACUAGCGAAGGCCUUAAGGAGCCGCUGUUAUUAGCCUAAGUUUAUAACAGCGCGUCCUUAAGGGAGCUCCUUAAGGAAAUUUUUUUCCUCUUAAGGAAAGUUAUAAUAACUUUUUAUAAUAAAAAUUCUUUAAGGAAACUGAUUUCCUUAAGGAAGCUCCUUAAGGAAGCUCCUUAAGGAAGCUCCUUAAGGGAGCUCCUUAAGAGAUUUCUGGCAAUUGCUAAUACUAUAAAUACUAAUAUACAUAGAUAAUUCAUAGCAAAGGAUAGCACUCAUAACUGCGUGCGCCCUAUGAUAAUAAGGAAAAUAAUAGCGACGCUCAAAGCACUAAAUAAAGCAGCCGGCUCGUUUUUCCUCUUCUUAUCAACUAGGUUUAUCCCUUCAUGCAAACAAUUAUAGCCGCAUACUAUAACAAUGAAUAACGAUACAUACAUAGCAAUAGAAAGCAGUGCGUCCGUGUUAUGCAUUAGACGCCAGUACUCUAAUUAUCUACUUUAUACAGCAAAAAUAAGCUUGAGACCUAUAAAGGAGUAGCUUUGCGGCUUUAGAUGUACGCAAACCACGGCAAAGAUGUACGGGCUAGAUGUAUACGCCCGAGAUAUAUAACUCGAGGCAGAUAGCCUUCACGGAAAUCAUGGGAAAGGCGUACCCUCAGGAUGCACCUACACCGGGGCGGUUCGUCAGGGUCUGCGAAGUUCCAUACUUUUGAGAUGUAUGCACCUCACGCCGCAAAAGCGCCAUCGCCUUGCGUGCAUCUUUUGCACGAUCCUGCGCCUGCUGAGCAUUUUGGCAGUAGCAGGCGCUGCGCCUGGGCAGUGCCUGCUGCGCAUAGCUUUCCUGCCUGGCUUGGCUUGCUCGCUUGCUCGCUUGCUCAGCUUGACUUGCCUGCGAAGCCUAGCCCCAUCUUGCUUGCUGAGCUUCAUUAGUCCGCCCGCUACGCAUAAGCUAGCAAGCCAAAACUAGCCAGCAGCCUCAUACAGUUGCGCCAUUUGGAUAGGCGACCGGAGUCAGCUCAGAGGGCACGCAAGACCCCCGAGCAGGUCAAAAGUAGACAGCAAGAGCAGCCCCAAAGGGCUGCGCUUUUGGGUAAGAGAUCUAAGGCACCCCAGCAAGGGGUCGGGCCACAGCAUCCAAGUGAACCAAAAGUAGCCAGCAACAUCCCAAAGGUGUGCCAUUUGGGUGGGAGAUCUGCGCCAGCUCAAAGGGUAAGACCUUCCAAACAGGUCAAAAGUAAACGGCGGCCCCACAAAGUUGCGCCAUUUGGCUAGGAGAUCUGAGUCAGCCCAAAGGGCAAGGCCUCGCAAGCAGCGGAAAAGCAGGCAGCAACCCCCUGGAGCUGGCUCAUUUGGGUCGGUGACCUGAGUCAGGUCAGCCCAAAGGGCAAGGCCUUCCAAGCUGCUCAAAAGCAGGCAGCAACUUCGCAAAGCUGCGCCAAUUGGGCGGGAGAUCGGAACCGCCUCAAAGGGUGAGCGCAGCUAAGGCCAUCCAAGCGGGCCAAAAGUGGGCAGCAAUCUCAUGAAAAACGCGGCGCAAUUUGAAUUGGGGACUUGAGCCAGCUCCUCAAGUGGUCGGGCCUCUCAAGCGGGUCAAAAGUAGACGGCAACCCCAUAAAGCUGCGCCAUUUGGAUAGGGGACCUGAGUCGGCUGUCAAAGGGUCGAGCCUUUCAAGCAGCUCAAAAGUAGCAGGCAGAAGCCUCCUAGCGUGGCGCUUUUUGGGUAGGGGGCCCGAGCUGGUUCAAAGGGUAAGGCCCUCCAACUUGGGCAGCGAGCUGAAACCAGUGCAAGGGCGAAAGCGUAGCACUUUGCCAGUGCUUCCGCUUCAGCAAAACGCAGCAGCUUUCAGCGCGUAACCGAUUUGCUUACGCGGUAGCCCGUUACUCUUCCCUCACGUAAUUCGUAGCACGCCGGUAGGCUGUAAGCCUAUGGUGUAGCCCGUAGCAUUUGUAUGGCCUUUCCGCUCUGCCCUACACGCCGGGGGCGCGUGGGCGGUAAUUAUAUUCAAGUCAAGUAAAAUUAUACUAAUACGAGAAGUAGCUCCAUGGAGCAUCUUCAGAAGGUUGACAAUAGUACAGUUUUUUGUUGAGCGCUACUACGGAUAGUAGGUGUGGGUGCCCAGUUGAGGGUGGGCAGAGGAUCCAGACCAUUUGCAUGAUAGACCUCAUGAUUCCGGUUGCGCUAAUAAGCGAAGCUUCACGAUGCGACUAUCGCAGGCAAUUGUGGGAAGGAUAGCGCGUUGUGUAAAGCGCAAGCUGCUAUCAUAGAGGAGCAGCAGAUGGCGAUGCCUUACCUAAUCACGGAGCCCCCCACGAAUAUGAAGGCAACCGCUGCAGCAUCCUCAGCAUCAUCCUUGGUCCCAUUUUCAAGCGAAAAAAGGGGCCAGGGAUGGCCAGGUCUUCGGGAUGCGACGCGGCAGGUCUAAAAAUAGCGCCCAAAGGGUUGACGCAAUCGCAAUAGAGAUGAGCCAUGCGUACCUGGACUCAAGGCGCGAUUAAGUACAGGGGUACUAGUUGAGUACUGCCCAGUACUAGUUUACAGGCCACGACAUCAGUACUAGUUUACAGGUCCCGUGGUCAGUACUAGUUUACAAGCUACGCAUUUAUAGACAUCAGUGCCGCUUUAGUUUGAUUUGUUCGGUUCUAAGCUUCAAUAGACAUCAGUGCCGUUUUAGUUUGAUUCGUUCGGUUCUAAGGUUCAAUAGACAUCAAUGCCGUUUUAGUUUGAUUCGUUCGGUUCUAAGGUUCAAUAGACAUCAAUGCCGCUUGAGUUUGAUUUGUUCGGUUCUAAGCUUCAGACCAGAGUGAGUGGCAAAGCCUUUCUAGGGUUAACAGUAGCCCCGCUAGGGUUGAUUAUAGCAAGCCUAUCUAUAGCUGUAGUUCUAGUCCUCACUCCUCAGGCCUUUUUUUUAUGUAUGUGCCCUGGCGCCUCUGAGGCUUGUUUCAACAGGUCGGAGCACAAGUUGGGGACCACGACUCGGAGAGGGCAAGUACUACUAAUUUAUACUAGUUUACAUGGGGACCACGACUCGAAGAGUUUAGCACUAGUUCUUUACAUGCCUCCAACUACUACUAUUAACGUGCUCCUUAUAUUUACUGCCCUUCAACGAAAAUCAGUACUACCUGUGAAAAAGCGCUUGGAGUUCGAAAGAUGUAUCUAAUACAAGAAGAUAUUACGUUCAAAUACAUCCGGGGCACAACUUCCUUUAACUGCAUAUACUAGAAGUAGUUCUAAUAAUCUCUAAUACAACUGUCUAAUCCAAGCUUGGCUAUGCUUAGAUGUCAGAGACUUAAUCUCUAAUCUGCGUCAUCUGCCGCAGGGCCUGAACCAGACUGGAAGCGGUACGGGGAUAAUGACGGAGUGAUUCCGUAUCCUCUAGGUCACCAGCGCGUGCCUGUUUAUCCCACCCUCACGUCGCUCCUGAUCGAAGUAAAUUAUGGCUAUUGCGUGUUUCUUGUUGGGUUAUCUUACCUUCAAAGAGAGGGGCUAUCUUCUUAUGUUCUAUCUUAUCCUCUUGUUAUUUGUUGAGCUAUUGUAUCUUCAAAAAGAAGUAAACUCAUGCUCUAUGGGCAUACAAUUUAGCGCGCGGCCUCGCUAUGAAUGAUACUACUGGCAUGGCCUAAUUCUUCAAAAAUCCAGUCCCUUCACACUCGUACUCCAUGUGCCCCAUGAAUGAUGACGACAGGGUAGUUAGUCAUUCGUCUUACGGAUGGUCAUCUGCGGCCAUUUGGGACGCAAUGGCGAUGAUAAUGAUGAUGACGAUGGUGAUGGUGAUGGUGUUGUCUAGAUGGGAACCCCUAAGCAAAGGCGAAGCAACAGGCAAAGCAGACGCCUUCGGUCUCUAUGGCGAAGCAGCAGGCGUCAUCCACUCCUAAGGCUGCUCAGGCAACGCUAUCUACUGACGCCACCCUGAAGGCAACAGCAGUAGACCUGGCAAGCGAGCAGUCCAAGUUAAGGCGAUAUUAAUACACUACCAAAGAUAAGACUCCCUACCGCAGAUGCAUGCUUGACAUUAUCCUUGACCCCUUUGCAGUCCUAGUGGGCAGCACGCAUUUGGCCGCUUGGGCAACAGGCAUUUGGGUCUCUUGUUCGAGUUGGAAAAGUAGGACUACAUCAGAGAUUUUUUAAUUUGGGUAAGGCUGUGCACUGUGCAGGGUGCUUCUGUAAAAAAUAAAUGGAUUGCUCCUCUGUGGGAGGAGCGGACGCUAACAAAGCCGGGUGAAGAAGGUCAGCCGGGUGAAGGUCGUGGUC